AUGGCCGUUCGUUCAAACAUGAAGUUUACAACCCUGAUCAUCGAACUUGGGGGUGUGCUGAUAAACAUACCUCAAAUGUUCCCCGAGAGAGUUACCGUCCCGAUUCCCUCUUUCAAACGUCUCCAGUCAACGUCUACUUGGAUGCGUUAUGAGUGCGGUGAGAUAGACGAGCAGCAGUGCUACGAGUUGCUCAGCAAACAGUUUGGUCUUGACGCCCUUGCUCUGAGUGAUGCUAUCUCUACCUGCAGGGAAAUAAUCGACUAUGACAGGAAACUAGCUUCCUCAAUCUUCCAGAUGAAAUAUAAAACUAGAGGCUCCCUGAGAAUAGUUGCUGUCUGGAACAUCGCAAGGACGGAUUAUGAUGCACUUCGCCAGCGAUGGGGGAACGAGUUUCUGGCCAACUUUGACGAUAUUUUCACAUCGUUCGCACUUGGUACACGAAUGCCUCGUCUUAGCUUUUACCAGCAUGCCCUUGAUUCCACCAAGACCGACCCCGCAAAGGCAAUAUUCGUAGGUCGUGAUAUGCAAAAUGUCGUCAUGGCGCGUUCGCUGGGAAUGCAUGGAAUUUUGUUUGGGAGUUCUCAAGCGCUACCCCGGAACAUGCUGAACGCCCUCAGUGAUCCAGUUAUUCGAGGGAAUGAAUUCCUCCAACGCAACGCUAAGAAAUUGCAUCCCUUCACGGACUGCGGUACUUCUCUUAGGGAGAACUACGUGCAGCUCCUAAUUUUGGAGACCACAGGAGAGGAAGAGUUGGUCACAUACAAGCAGCCGGACUACGCAAAAGAACGGACAUGGAACUAUUACAUAGAGCAGCCAACCUUCACCAAGAUGAACCCUCCGAAUGACUUGGAUACAACGUCCCUUGCCAUACAAUUGCUACCGCAUGAGGAUGCAAUGGUGCAUUCAAUGCUCGAUGAAAUGCUUGAAUACCUCAGUCCUGAUGGCCUCAUCCAGGUCCUUUUACACAGAGCAUACGUCGACGGGACGUAUUACUAUCAGACUGCGGAAUGGUUCCUGUUCUACGUCUGUCGUCUCCUGAAGCGGACCUGUGACCCGGACCUAGAGGAAAGAUUUAGCUCUCUUCUGAAGGAGCGCAUUCAGGAGCGUAUUGGGCUCCCUGGCGACAGCCUGGUUCUAGGGAUGCGACUGAGUGUCUGCUAUGCAAUGGGAGUUGACAACUACCAAGAUAUGGAGAGACUGACUGGAAUGCAGUGCGAAGAUGGUGGAUGGGAGCCAGGUUACCUUUACUCCGUCCCCAUUGUGGGAAAGAAGAUCUUCGAUCGUGGUUUCACUACAGCACUGGCUAUCCAGGUCAUCGAGGAAAGUCGCCACAACCAUAACAGUAUGGAUGAAAAGAUGAUUAGGGACUCAUUAGAUUAG